UCAUCACCACCUCAUCAUUCAUCUGAGCCUCAGUUCACUUCUGUCACCGUCUAAACCAGGCCAUCAUAUCGACGUAACCCUCGUUCACUCAACAGAACAGGAGGUAUAACACUACCGACUGCGGACUCUCAAGAUCCUCGUCUGAUUGCGUCACUUGCCGUCUUCGUCUAUCCUGAUUUCCUCUUGCGUCGAAGAAUUAACCGCCGGAUCACUCCACACACACACCAUUCUAGCCAGUCCGCCAUCAUCAAUUCCUCCUCAAUGGCGAUCCACUCGUCGACAUAGCCGCCCUCGUCCUCGCCAACCCUCGCCUUGACCCUACCUGCCAACAACGCAGCACGAAAGACUGCACUUCCUUCCAAAUCUCCGCAAUCCCUACAACAUGCCCUCUGCACUCCUUCAACAUGCCGUCCAAAAUUCGAGAUAACAGUCCUGAGCGGAGGCGGGAAAAGAAAGACUUAACAAAGGCCUCCGAUAAAUCAGACAGAGACCGAAAAGAUAAGGAUCGAGACCGAGAUCGAGAUAGACAAAGGACUCGCCGUCACAAAACUCCAACACAUCGAAUAUCCUCAAGCAAAGACAAGACCUCAUCAAGGACUUCUCUCUCUCCCUCUUCUGCCACGAGACGUCCGUCCAUGCCUGCUGUCCUCGACGAUGCACCUCUACCCUUGCGCGCAGAGUCGAAGACGAGUCUACCAUAUCCCACCUUCUCCAAAGAGCACAGCCGUGAGUCUGUCGCUCCCCCGCCGCCACAAACUGGUCCAAAUGUUCUCACUCCUCCUACAACCGAUGUUGGCGCCUCCAAGGACAAACCCUCUGCCGCAGCCGCGAGGCCCUCUUCAUCUUCCCCUUCCCCUCCUAGUCCUCCUCUGACAGCUCAGACCUCAACCCCAACCAAAUCGCGGCCCAGUACAGGCAAACCUGUCUCUGUUCACACCAUCCCAGAAGAUGAUGCCCGUUCCACAAUCAGAGAUCCCAAGGUCAGGAUCAGUCUGCGGCCGCAGUCUUCAAGAUCAAAUGGACACUUGCGUACCGCCAGUGAACUGGGACCUGGCACUCAGUCUCCCGCAAAGUCUCGAGACAAAACACCCACCAGAGAUUCUCCCCUAAAGCCUGCCAGUCCAGCACAAUACCUUUCCCAACACAGAUCGGUCAGUCAGCCCACCAGGCUGGCCUCACCCGCCACCACAACAACUUCGAGUACCGCUGAUUCAGGCACACACCUGAGCUCAGAUGCUACUUCCAUUGCCCCAGAUCAGCCCACCGUACAGAAGCCCUCGUUUCACCCUCCUCCCGCGCCGGUUCCCACAGACGUCUAUUCUCAAUUCCACCCACGCGACAACACCCCUUUCGAAGUUUUCAUCGAAGAAGAGAGCCCUUCUUUGCUGGGAAGCACUCCGGGCCCAGAUGGCAUGUUAUCCACUCCUGGCCCUCCACCUCCACCCCCACCUCCAGUGCCCCUCACCGUUCCCAAGGUUGACUACCUUCUACAACAUGGCGGACUGCAUCAACCUGUGCCCAAGAAUCUCUUGCUUGCCGGGAAACCAAUGGCAAUUCAACAAGCCCAGAUUCCCGGCCAGCAGCCCAUCGUUGUCGCCAAUCUUUUCGAGCCUUACACCAGCCUUCUGGACAGUUUUGACCACGUGAUAUCCAAGAAUGGUUCUUUAGCAGUCGCAACUGGCUAUCGCUCCGUUGCAAGAAGGCUGUUGGAUCGUCUAGAAGCUGUUUUUGCCCGCGACAUCUCCAGCGAGUACUGUGCUUGUCCCUUGUGCCGAUCCGCCCCCGAUCGCGUCGAUGAUACUCCGAGUGUGAGCUGGGGAGAGGUCUUGGAAUUUGUCUCAGGCCGACGAGAUCUCCCGUCCUGGCCUCCUUUUACGUUUUCACAGUCCCCUGUUGGCUUGGGAAUCGCCCUCGAGUUCCACGUCCCUAUGCAACGGCUAGAUAUCGAUGUGCCGGAAGAAUACAGAGAACACUACAUCCGCCAAUCUCGCAAAACCAAACAGUCUGUGGAUAAGUGGCUCAACCGACAGCAACCUGGAGACGCCCCCACGUCCCCACCAGAAGAGGUCGAUGAAGAGACAUUGACAUUUGCCAUCCUGACACAUUUGCCUCCUGAUCAACGUCCAGCCUUCAAGGACUUGCUGGGAAUUGUGGACAAACCAGUUCAGCCUCCGAAAAGGGUGCCAACUCCAGAACUGCAUGCCGGGAUCACACCUCCUGCGCCAGUUCCAACUCCUGCACCCGUAGCCCGGGCAAUCCCAGAGCACAUUCAGGUCACCGCUCUAGCCAUCCAAAGAUUGUAUCGACUAGGCACUCCGCCCCGUGAAUGUGAAUCGGCCCUGUUCCUCCUCCAUAACCCAUCUCUUCACAACACUCUAGCGACCCUAGCGGCCAUCAGCAACGACGAAUGGGACAUCUUAAUCUCCGGGAGGUUCGAUGGAUUUCUUCGCUCCGGGGCUGACGAAACUAUUCCGAUCCCCGAUUCGCGAAAUGCCACCCCUUUUCGGUCUGGCGCUCGUGGCGCGACACCCAGCGUCCAUGGCGGGCCGCGUUCUCGUCAAGGAAGUUAUAACCAGUCGACUUUGCCUCCGCAGUGUGGUGCACCUAUUGCUUUUGAUGAAGAAACUGAACUCGCCACCCUGGCUGAGAUUGAACGGGAUAUCUAUUCUGGCAUGGAAGCUCUAGAGGACGCGUUUGAAACCUUGCACAACAAAGCCGAGAAAGUUCGACAGGCCUUGAGGGAACGUAGUGCAGGAUUAGCUGCCGCUGCACAGAGGAGACGAGGCAAUCAAGAAGACAUCGAAGUACGAAUGGGCACACCUGCUACUGCGAAUGGAGGGUCGACUUCAACACUCAAUGGAUAUUUGAAUGGUCGCUGGGACGCUGAAACAGAUGAUGGCCUGGGUGACUGGGAUAACGUCAGCGAUAUUCAACCAGAUGAUUCUGCAAGUAAUAUCUCAAGUUCACGUCGCAGGCGACCAAAGCGGAGGACUGAGCGAAGAACCCCAGCUUUGAUCGAAGAAGAAGACGAGUUGGAGGAAGAAAGUGAGGGAACACAGAGCCCAAGGAAAUCUAGACAUCGGUGACCGAUGGUACAGUCUCUAUUAACAUCAUUCAACGCGAUCCUUUGACACCAUUGGCAAGAGGAAGACUGGAGAUGCAGGAGUCUUGCCCGACGUGCCAUUUGACGAGUUACCACGUCUAUUGUAGCUGUCCACUCCUCAGUCGAUUGAUGUAUAAGUCAAACAUUAUCAGGCACGACAUAAGGUUGCUCAGGGGCAUAUUCCCUGCUGCAGCAGAGACCUGGAAUAGUCAACAAUAUCGAGUGUGCUUGGAGCUGGUUUCAGCAUCUAGCGAUGCUAUAGGCAAUUUAAAGAGUCCCAGCCUCUUCCUCUUUACGUGGCAGUGGAUUAUCAUUCCACCCUCAAUACUUGUGUCUCUCUGUAUUGAUUGAAUAGAAGAGCGACAUUACUGGGUGAAGGUCUGAAUUCUGAGCCCCGAGAUCCGACACUACCAGUGCCAUCCUGAACGCCGCUUAGUGUCUCCAUUCGUCCGAGAACAAAGUCGACUACGAAGCCUCAUCCUCAAUCUCCAAACCUCCAAUCUUGAACUUCUUCCCUCUCCUAUCAGCGUAGUCUGUAUGAUUAUGAUAAUCCUUAACCCGUUCACGCACAUAUUGAAGUCCCG